AUGACACGUGGAAGACAUCAACAUGUUGCACCGCCAUCGAAAAUGGCUAAAGUAAAUCGUCUUCGCUUCUUUGGUCAUAUACUAAGGAGGCCGGCAGAUCGCCUUCUUCAACGAGUUCAGAGGAGUUCGUCGGGUUCGAGCUGGAAGAAGCCACCUGGCCGAAAACGGAAGUUCUGGACUGAAGUGGUGAAGGAGGACCUGAGGGCACUCGGCGUGGAUAGGCAGUUGAGGCGAGACGUAAUGUUUUGCAGAACAUGGAAUAGCGGCGAAUGGAUUGAUUCUGUGCAAGGUCUCGCAGAAGAUCGAGAAGGUCGGGCAGAGCUGUGUUCAAGGACGGCACACUUCGGCGAAGAUGCGGGUAACUUACUCGCGUCAGGCGAUGACAUCGCCGACCGCCGAUUAAGUCAAUCCAAUAUGAAAGACGCAAUUUCGGCAAUACCCACCGCAGGCGUACUUGGUGCUGGAGAGCAAGAUCAGAUUGAAGUAGUCGUCACAAAGUUUAAUAACAAUGAUGGAAAGAUAGAAAUUUCUUACGCCUUUGUUGACGAAUCGAUGGAGCAAUUCAACAAAAAUGUGCUGUCAACGUUGCAAAGAAGAACUCAUCGACUCGACGUUAUCUUCCGAUGA